CGGGUUUUAGAUUUGUUUAUUUGUGAAUGCUAAAUCGAAAUUUCUACAGAAUUGCCGCAAAAAAAAAUAAAAAUCACAAAAAAAAUGAAGGACAAAAAAAAAAACAAAAACAAAACCUAACAAAGUUUACUUGGUAAAAUCUAAUAUGGAUCUGGCAAUAUCAAAAUAAGGCUUGACACUUUCUGAAUCGGGAUUAGAUAUCACUAUGGGUUUCCCUGCAUCUGAUUGCAAGCAUAUUUCUUCAUCUAAUGGUAUAGAUCCAAGGGUCUUUAAGUUAUGUUCGUCGGCUAUUCUUCUCGCACCUUCCGAUCUGAAAAUAUGCGACUCAUGCUUACAAUUGGGACAUAUAUAAUGACUCAUGUUUUGCACAAUUCCAAUUAUGGGGAUAUCCACUUUUUCAAACAUCUUUAUCCCCUUGACAGCAUCAAUUAAUGCAAUAUCUUGGGGCGUACUGACAAUCACGGCACCAUUCACUUGCAAGAGCUGGCCAAUUGACAAUUGAGUGUCACCGGUUCCUGGUGGCAUGUCAAUGACCAAGUAGUCAAUCGGUGACCAUUCGACUUCAAAGAGCAAUUGCUGGAGCGCUUUCAUAACCAUUAACCCUCUCCAUACUACCGCUUGCUCUGGUGAUACCAAGUACCCCAUUGACAUCGAUUGAACUCCGUAAUUGGAAAGAGGGAUUAAUUUCCCACUAGAUGACAAUCGAGGCUCACCCUGUAGGUUUAAAAGACGAGGCACGGAAGGUCCAAAGAUAUCUGCAUCUAGCAAUCCAACUUUUGCACCAAGACUGUUCAAUGCCAAGGCUGUAUUUACCGAAACGGUAGAUUUACCUACUCCUCCCUUGGCUGACGAGACUAGGAUGAUGUUUUUAACGUUGGGAAUUUUUUGCCGUAUAGGGAGGCCCUUUUGACUUCGGGGCAUGGUCGGGGCUGGUCCUUUUCCAACGCGAGGUAUUCCCAAUGGAUUUUCAUGAUAUGCACGAAGUGACAGCACAAUGUAUCUCCUGCUUAGUUUGAACAUGAUUGGUGUUCAGGUGGUAGAAAAAUCACUUCUGCCCACAAUUUAUGCCCUUUCCACCAAAUUCGGCAAGUCUGCCAUCGCAGUAGUUCGUGUAUCCGGACCCCAAUCCGCCUAUAUCUACAAUAAACUUACCCAUUCACCCCAUCCACCGAAGAACAAAACUGCUAGUUUACGUCGAUUAUACUCUUCGGACAAGGCAUUACUUGAUGAAGCAUUAACUUUGUAUUUACCCUCACCGAGAACAUAUACGGGCCAAGAUAUUUUAGAACUUCAUUUACAUGGAGGGAUCGCCAUUAUUCGCUCCGUUCUCGAUGCUAUCAAGCAGUUGCAUGACCCUCAUAACGGAAUAUAUAUUCGCCAGGCUGAGAGGGGGGAGUUUUCCAAGCAAGGGUUUUUGAAUGGUAGGUUUGACUUGACAGAAUUGGAAGGGAUCAGUGAUAUGAUUGAUGCGGAAACCGAGUCACAGAGAGUGGCUACGUUGGCAUCGAUCACGGGUAAAACCAAGAAUGAGUUUGCCAAAUGGAGAGAAGAUAUCCUUAAGAAUAUUGCCAUGUUGACGACCUUGAUUGAUUUUGGCGAGGAUCAUGAUAUAGAAGAAACCAACCAAUUGUUUGACGAUGUUGAAGCGGAUAUCAUACAAGUGGAGCAGGAAAUUAACGAAUAUCUUAAUAAAGUCAGAUCGUCUUCAAUUCUAUUGCGAGGAAUUCAAUUGGCAUUGCUUGGUCCCCCUAAUGCAGGAAAAUCUUCCAUUCUAAACAUCCUUGCUAAUAAGGAAGCAGCUAUAGUUAGUGAAAUUGCAGGAACAACCCGAGAUGUAUUGGAUAUCCCGCUUGAAAUCGGAGGAUACAAGGUAGUCUUGGGAGAUACCGCUGGUAUAAGAGCAUUGAAUGCAGCUGAUAAAAUCGAACAGGAAGGUAUUAAACGUGCCAAGGCAAAAUCUUUAAAUUGUGAUUUUGUUGUGGUUGUGAUAGAUCCAUUACAAGAUAUGGAUAUGGAUGACAUGAGACUGCAUUUACAAUUAUUGUUACAGAAUAAUAAACCAAUGUUGGUUGUGUUAAACAAGGAGGAUCUUUAUCCGGGCGAGUCAGAAAGAUUAAUCAACGAAUAUUCUAAAAAGUUUAAUAUCUCACCAGACGUAUUCAGAUGCGUGUCUUGUGAAACAGGCGCCGGAAUAAGCAAGUUAAGAGAUACUUUAAUCCACCAAUUCAAGCAUUUGUCUGAUUCCGAAACCUCUGAUCCAAUCAUUGUUUCUUCGAGAAUCCAAGAUCUUUUAGAGAACGAUGUUUUAUUCGGGUUCAACGAGUUCUACCGUUGGAAACAAGAAGAUGAUGUCGUGCUUGCAAGUGAAUCUCUUCGACAAUCUGUGGAAGGUAUUGGGAAAAUCACCGGACAAGCAAUAGGCGUAGAGGAAAUACUCGGGGUAGUCUUUUCAAAGUUUUGCAUUGGUAAAUAG